AUGAAGAUUCAGGAGGUUGCUGAGGAUUUGCGUUCGGAAUUUCAAUUGGAAAUCAAAGCUACACGAUCUGAUCUUACUCAAAAACUUGAUCAACUUACAGAAUCAGUUCUGAGUUUGGAUGCUCGAUUACGUGAAUUCAUGUCCAAAACCCAUACCUCCACCCCAACCAGUUCAAAGAAUCACGGUUCCAGUUUCGAUCCAACUGCUACUCAUUUUCGUUCACCAGAAACACCGGAGCAGAGAGUGUUGAAAUCCAUCAAGGUCGAAAUUCCUUCAUUUGUAGGAUCUGACCCUAAUAAUUGGAUCUUCAAAGCUCAAAUGUUUUUCCAGAUGCACAAUGUGCCGCCAUGCAUGAAGGUUCAACUUGCAGGUAUAAAGAUGGAAGGUCAGGCAUCACCAUGGUUUCAAUGGAUGUUUACCACUGGGUUGAUUUCUCAAUGGGAGGACUUUGCUUGUGCCUUGCGUCAAAGGUUUGGAGCUUCAGCUUUUGUUGACCUUAAAGGAACUUUGUCCAAACUCUCCCAAUCAGGUACUGUGAUGGAAUAUACCAGAGAUUUUGAAUCCUUACUGAAUCAGGUUCAAGGAUUCAGUGAUGAUGUUUUGAUGAGUUUUUUUAUUUCUGGCCUUCAACCUGAUCUUAGAGGAGCAAUUCAACUUCAAUGGCCUAAGUCUCUUCAUCAUGCUAUGCAGUUAGCAUAUGCAUUGGAUACUCACCAUGAUCAAUUACGUUCGUCAAUUUUUUCCAAUCAGAAAAGAAAUUCUUUCUCUUCUACCAGCAAUAAUACAACUUUUCCCAAAACAAAUCCUAAUUCCACUUUUCGUGCACCAACCACAUUCAACAGCAUACCCAAACCACUAUCCUUUCAGCCUUCCACAUUGCCUAUCAAAAAGCUUCCACCCGAAGAGAUCCUCAGGAAACGUGAACUUGGCAUAUGUUUCACUUGUGAUGAAAAGUGGCACUCCAAACACAGAUGCCAAUCCAAAAUGUUUCUCUUAAUUGGAGAGAUGGAUGAUGAUCAGCAAGAUACUGAAGAAGAAAUCCUUUGGUCACCUGAAUCUAAGGAUGCUACUCCAACAGCUAGCAUACAGCCAAAUCCAGAUGCUACUAUGUUUUCAUUAGCAAGUUCCUUUAAUCAUAGAGCUUUAAUUUUGACUGCAUUGCUUGGCAACCACAAUGUUGAUGUACUGGUGGAUUCUGGCAGUUCUCACAAUUUUAUCAAUCGUGAGUUAGCUACCACACUUGGUAUUCCUAUGAGUCACUCCAAGGGAAAGAAGGUUUUCAUGGGAAAUGGGGAAUUUUUAUUCUGUGACAAGAAGUGCAACAUGAUUCAACUAACAAUCCAGAAUCAUCCUUUCGUGAUUGAUUUUUGGGUGCUGGACUUACAGGACUUGAAUGCCAUUUUAGGCAUGACUUGGCUUGAAAGUUUAGGCGGAGUAACUUAUGAUUAUAUGCAUCAAUCAAUGGAGUUUAUUAAAGAUGGUCAGCUAGUCAAAUUACAAGGUGUCCUUGAACAACCUCACAAUGCUGAUUGUGUGGAAAAGGCUUCCUGUUACUUACUGACAGCAGUUAAUUCAAUUGAGCAGGAUGGACAGAUGUUGCCUGAAUUAGAAGCUAUCAAACAUACACUCAAUCUUGCUUUAUGGAGCGUGUUGCAGGAAUGCAAGGCUGUUUUCCAGACACCUCAGAUUUUACCUCCUUUUCGAGGGAUGGAGCAUUCAAUACACUUACUGGAUGGGGCCAAACCAGUUAAUGUGAAGCCUUAUAGGUUCCCUCAUCAUCAAAAGGCAGAAUUGGAGAGACAAGUUUCUGAUCUCCUAUCUGCAGGGUUCAUACAGCCGAGUAAGAGUCCUUAUUCAUCCCCUGUGCUCUUAGUAAAGAAACAAGAUGGCACAUGGCGCAUGUGCAUUGAUUAUAGGGCUUUGAAUGCCUUGACAGUUCCGGAUAGGUUCCCUAUACCCACAAUUGAUGAAUGA